GUCCGGUAAGCGGUAAUGGCUCACCAGCCUGGGACGGUGGCACAGGGAGAAGGGUGGCGCAGGAAGGGUCGAGCAGCGGGACAGACAGGGCAUGCAGGAUGAAGAUGAGACGCUACAAGCUCUUUCUCAUGUUCUGUAUGGCCGGCCUGUGCCUCAUCUCUUUCCUGCACUUUUUUAAGACCCUGUCCUAUGUCACCUUCCCCCGAGAGCUGGCCUCCCUCAGCCCUAACCUCGUGUCCAGCUUCUUCUGGAACAAUGCCCCUGUCACUCCCCAGGCCAGCCCUGAGCCAGGUGGCCCUGACCUGCUGCGGACCCCACUCUACUCCCACUCACCCCUGCUCCAGCCUCUGUCACCAAGCAAGGCCACAGAGGAACUUCACCGAAUGGACUUCGUGCUGCCCGAAGACACCACCGAGUAUUUCGUGCGCACCAAAGCCGGGGGCGUCUGCUUCAAACCAGGUACCAAGAUGCUGGAGAAGCCGCCGUCGGGGCGGCCCGAGGAGAAGCCGGAAGUGUCCGACGGUUCGGCGGCCAGGCACCUGCCCCGGCACCUGCUGAGCACCCGGGAGCGCGCUGGCAGCCGGGGCGCGCGGCGGAAGUGGGUAGAGUGCGUGUGCCUGCCCGGGUGGCACGGGCCCAGCUGCGGGGUGCCCACCGUGGUGCAGUACUCCAACCUGCCCACCAAGGAGCGCCUGGUGCCCAGGGAGGUGCCGCGCCGCGUCAUCAACGCCAUCAACAUCAACCACGAGUUCGACCUGCUGGACGUGCGCUUCCACGAGCUGGGCGACGUGGUGGACGCCUUCGUGGUGUGCGAGUCCAACUUCACGGCCUACGGCGAGCCGCGGCCGCUCAAGUUCCGCGAGAUGCUGACCAACGGCACCUUCGAGUACAUCCGCCACAAGGUGCUCUACGUCUUCCUGGACCACUUCCCGCCCGGCGGCCGGCAGGACGGCUGGAUCGCCGACGACUACCUGCGCACCUUCCUGACCCAGGACGGCGUCUCGCGGCUGCGCAACCUGCGGCCGGACGACGUCUUCAUCAUCGACGACGCCGACGAGAUCCCGGCCCGCGACGGCGUGCUCUUCCUGAAGCUCUACGACGGCUGGACCGAGCCCUUCGCCUUCCACAUGCGCAAGUCACUCUACGGCUUCUUCUGGAAGCAGCCGGGCACCCUGGAGGUGGUGUCGGGCUGCACGGUGGACAUGCUGCAGGCCGUGUACGGGCUGGACGGCAUCCGCCUGCGCCGCCGCCAGUACUACACCAUGCCCAACUUCAGGCAGUACGAGAACCGCACGGGCCACAUCCUGGUGCAGUGGUCGCUGGGCAGCCCCCUGCACUUUGCCGGCUGGCACUGCUCCUGGUGCUUCACGCCGGAGGGGAUCUACUUCAAGCUCGUGUCGGCCCAGAAUGGCGACUUCCCCCGCUGGGGUGACUACGAGGACAAGCGGGACCUCAAUUACAUCCGGAGCUUGAUUCGCACGGGGGGCUGGUUCGAGCAGGACUCCCCGCCGGCAGACCCCAGCGAACACAUGUAUGCCCCCAAAUACCUGCUCAAGAACUACAACCAGUUCCGCUACCUGCUGGACAACCCCUACCAGCAGCCUAAGAGCACAGCAGAAGGUGGCGGGCAUAGGAACAAAGGUCCCGAGGGAAGGUCACCUGCCCUGGGCGCGUCAGACGCCAGGGACGGCUAAGGCUGCGAGAUCUUACAGGGCCUGAGGCGGGCCAGGCUGGCGGCUACUCUGGAUAGCUUCCUGUAGCCGUCUGCUGCCCCAUGGUGGUUCUUGAGUAGGUAGGUGGGUGGGAUCUGCCCUACUCCGGCCCUUUGGAAGCAAGGGUCAGCCUCUGAGCUUAAAAAAAAAAAAGGAAAGAAAGAAAGAAAAGAGAAAGGCUUUCUGUCGUAAGAGGGGAGCAGGCCCAGUGCAGUCCCCAUGAGAGUGCUAUGCCCAGGAGUGCCCCUGGAGAUGCCCGAUGGUUACUGAGUGGCCAGGGAGUGCAGGUGGGCGGGGAGCUCUCCAGGGUAGCCAUGUGGUGGCCAUGCAGGGAGAAGCCUGCCACUUGGCAUCUUGGGCUUUGGACCUGCAGUGGGAAAGGGAAAUGCCAGGAGGGCUUGGGCUCUGUAAAUAGACGCACUUGGGACCAGGAGGAAGCGGGCACACCUGGGGGAGAGGAUGGAAAAAGGCAUCUGGCUGAGGGCAGUGCUGGCGGAGGCUCUGCAGAGUGCUCAGAAGUGCUGGGAUGGAGGGGGAUGAGCGCUCCGUUGCCCGCCCACGGGACCCCACCGUGCUGCAAGGAUGGUGCCUGAGUGUCUCUGUGUUCCCCCAACCCUUGUGAGCUGACAGGUCUGGAGGUCCUUGGGAAGUCUUCCUUUUGGUUCCAAGCCUGGCCUUGAUGCUCCUUGUUUUUAUAUAGCUGUCUUGUGGCCACCCAUGCAGGCCUUGCAAGACCAGAAGCCAGUGACCAGGGUGGGUGGAAGCAAGAUGUACCAAUGGCCAGUUUAGAUGGGCUUGGGGGAGGGGGAGACCAACAGAGGCCUCGGCAUCGUUCCACUUCUUCCUGCCCAUCGCCCCUUCCUCCGGCACCCCCAGCCCCAGGUGGAAUCACCCUUGUGCCCCUCGUUGGGGCUGGCUAGGGACCCAGAAGGGACUGUGAGGCUGCCCUGGACCCAAGAAAGGACUUUAUGGCCAGCUAUAUGCCAU